CUUUGCACCCCUGGGGGGUUUUCUUUUUGUAUGUCUGGAUCUCUCUUCUCGUGGGUAUGUGAGUGUGUCAUUACUUCUCUCUAUCUCUUUCUUCUCCGUUUCUCUCACCUCUUUUUGUCCUUAUCUAGGUCUCUGUUUCUAUUUCUACCCUUUUCAAUGUGUAUCGUUCUGUCUUUCUGUGUAUCUCCUUUCUUUCUUUCUUUCUUUCUUUCUUUCUUUCACUUCACCCUCCCUUUCUCCGUCUCUCGCUGUCUCUGAGCCAUUCUCGCCCUCACUUUCUCCCCUCCUGCCUACCCGCUGCUCUCUGCUCUUGGCCUGCCCCCACCGCCGCCGGUUCAGGGGAACGUGUGCGGAGCGAUUGUCCUGGGGGACAUUUGAUGGAUUAGAGCGCUGAACAGUUCCAUUGCUAGGGGACCACCUGAUCUCCACCAGCCUGCGUCCCAUAUAAAGCCGGCAGCCGGAGUGCUGAGCACAGCUCCAGCGAUUGCCUGUCUGAGCGCCGCCACCGCCAAGCCCCAGCGGGAGCCCAAGCGGGAGCCGGAACAGGAGCCCGAGCCUGAGCCGGGGAGGUCCGCACCGGUGCCGGCUCCGCGCCACCGCCUCCCGGCCUCCCGCCCGCUGGGAGCUGUCCAGUGCUGAAACACCGCGCCGGCAGCCAAUCGCGCCUGGCUGGCCUCCUCCCCCCCGCCGGGGCCCCACGCAAGUGCCCCCACCGAGCCCGUAGCUAGUCGCACCAUGCCGCGCUCCUUUCUGGUAAAGAAGAUCAAAGGGGACGGCUUCCAGUGUAGCGGGGUGUCGGCCCCCACCUACCACCCUUUGGAGACCGCCUACGUGCUACCUGGAGCUCGGGGGCCGCCUGGGGACAACGGUUACUGCCUACCCCCCAGCAGCUACGAUGCGGACCAGAAGUCCGGCCUGGAGCUGGCGCCAGCCGAGCCCGCCUACCCGCCGGCGGCGCCGGAGGAGUACAGCGACCCCGAGAGCCCACAGUCCAGCCUGUCGGCGCGCUACUUUCGCGGGGAGGCGGCCGUGACCGACAGCUACUCCAUGGACGCCUUCUUCAUCUCGGAUGGGCGCUCGCGGCGACGCCGAGGCGGGGGCGGCGGGGACGCGGGGGGCGCGGGGGAUGCCGGGAGCCCCGCGGGGCGCGCGGGGGCGCCCGCGGGCGGCGGGCACCGGCACGCGUGCGCCGAGUGCGGCAAGACCUACGCCACGUCGUCGAACCUGAGCCGCCACAAGCAGACGCACCGCAGCCUGGACAGCCAGCUGGCGCGCAAGUGCCCGACGUGCGGCAAGGCGUACGUGUCCAUGCCCGCGCUGGCCAUGCACGUGCUCACGCACAACCUGCGCCACAAGUGCGGCGUGUGCGGCAAGGCCUUCUCGCGGCCCUGGCUGCUGCAGGGCCACAUGCGCUCGCACACCGGCGAGAAGCCCUUCGGCUGCGCGCACUGCGGGAAGGCUUUCGCCGACCGCUCCAACCUGCGUGCGCACAUGCAGACGCACUCGGCCUUCAAGCACUACCGCUGCCGUCAGUGCGACAAGAGCUUCGCGCUCAAGUCCUACCUCCACAAGCACUGCGAGGCCGCCUGCGUAAAGGGAGCCGAGCCGCCCCCGCCCGCCUCCGCCGGCCCCGCCAGCUGAGCGCC